UGGCCCCUGACCUGGAAGCUCUCUGGGUAAAAUGGCGGCGCCCAGAGUCACGACCGAGCCGGCUUGGAGUCCGCGGCUUGCCGCAUGAGACAGCUGAGGCUCAGAGAGGUUAAGGGCCUCUCCCGAAGUCACGCCGGAAGUUGGCAGCUAGGCUGGAAUUCGGACCCGCGUCUGUUUAUCCCAAGGAUCCCAGAAUCCUGGCAGGCAGCCUCAGAGCUGCUGUGGUUGUCUGACAAGUGGAGGCAAUGAGCUGGGCCCAAGCCAUCCUGCUGGCCCGGGGCCUCUCUCGGGGCUGUGGAGUCAUCUGCGGGGCCACCGUCACGGGACCCCCCUUCUCUCAGGUGUCCCUCCAGGCCCCGCGGGGUCUCCACUGGAGCGCAGCCACCCACAGCUCUGACUCCUGGCUGGUCCCUCCCCCACCUAAGCCCCCGAGGGGACCCACCAGGGCCCUGGCACCCCACGAGGAGCUGUUUAGGCGGGCACCAGAUGGGGCGCAGGACAAGGCGAACUUUGUGCGGGCCGUGCAGACCUUCGGGCAGCAUAACGUGCACAAGCGGGGCCACGUCGACUUCAUCUACCUGGCCCUGCGCAAGAUGCGGGAGUACGGCGUCGAGCGGGACCUGGCCGUCUACAACCUGCUGCUCGACGUCUUUCCCAAGGAGGUCUUCCGGCCUCGAAGCGUCUUCCAGAGAAUCUUCAUCCACUACCCACGGCAGCAGGAGUGCGGGAUUGCUGUCCUGGAACAGAUGGAGAACCACGGGGUGAUGCCCGACAAGGAGACCGAGUUCCUACUGAUUCAGAUAUUUGGACGUAAAAGUUACCCCAUGCUCAAGUUCGUGCGCAUGAAGCUGUGGUUCUCCCGCUUCAAGAAUAUCAACCCCUUCCCACUGCCCCGGGACCUGCCCCAGGACCCCGUGGACCUGGCCAAGUUGGGCCUGCGGCACAUGGAGCCCAACCUCAGCGCCAGGGUCACCAUUUACCAGCUCCCCUGUAGGGGCUGGGGCCCACAAGCUUCCUUCCACCCCUGCUCCUCCUUGCAGAUGCCUUCUGCCAAAGACUCCACAGGUGCGGCACACGCCACUGAGUCCCACAUUGUAGGCAUCCAGACUCCCGAUCAGCAGGCUGCCCUGGCCCACCACAACCCAGCCCGGCCUAUCUUCGUCGAGGGCCCCUUCUCCCUGUGGCUCCGAGACAAAUGUGUCUAUUAUCACAUCCUCAGAGCUGACUUGCUGCCCCCGGAGGAGAGGGAAGCGGAGGAAAUUCCAGAGGAAUGGAAUCUCUACUACCCGAUGCAGCUGGACCUGGACUAUGGGAGGAGCGGCUGGGAUGACUACGAGUUUGACAUCCAUAAAGUGGAGGAAGGCCCUGUCUUCGCCAUAUGCGUGGCGGGUGCCCACGACCAGGCCACGCUGGCCAGGUGGAUCCAGGGCUUGCAGGAGACCAACCCAGGCCUGGCCCAGAUCCCCGUGGUCUUCCGCCUGGCGGGGUCCACCGGGGAGCUCCUGGCGACCUCCUCAGGACUGGAGGAGCCGCCCCCGCCCCCACCAGAGGGCCAGGAAGAAGAGGAAAACAAUCAGCAGCGACAGCAGCAGGGACAGAGCUGAGGCUGAUUGGUCACCAGCACAAACUGUGGACUAGUGUAAUAGCAUGAGGUGCCCUUUGAAUGUACAGCAAAUAAAAGUUUUCCGGCUCGG